AUGUUUCUUGAGCAGGAGGAGAUACUAGAGCAAUUCCAAAAUAUCUCCAAUUGCCAAAUCCCUGUGUCCGAGCAAAUUGCUUUGCUAGAGUCUGUGAACUGGAAUCUGGAGCUUGCAUUGAUUCAGUACUGGCAGUUGUAUCCAAGAAGGGCGAACUUUGAGAGACGAGACGUCAACAUGGCAACGGAGAAUUCAUCCAAUGGUGCAUCCAAUCAGCGAAGCUGGUUCUCUUCGUUCUUUCGGAAUACAGAGCAGACAUAUGUGCCUCUGAUGCCAGGGUCAUUCCCCAUCACUGAAGAACGACAGCCCUCAAAGCUCCACAGAAUGGUCAACACCACUUUUAAAUGGCUACUAGACCAGCUAGUGUUAUUUGUUGUUGUGCCGUUGUACGUUUUGCUCCGCAUACUGGGUCUUGCUUUGCUUGUUGUUGUUGGUGGUAUUGUCCCAAUCAUCAUGAAGCUGCAUCCAAAUAGAUACCAUGUCAUUCGCAAAAACGCUGAUCCCGCUGAUAUGGCUCGCCGCUUUAUCGUCAACUUUGACGACUUGAUCGGAAACGUGUCUCGUGGAGACGCAGAUGAGGAAGAAACCGGGGACCUAAUCAACCAAGCUGACAUGAUGGAAAUACAGCGCCCUGAUUUCCUUGAGUGUUCGUAUUCGCACGCUUUGCAUUUCGCUAAAAAAGAUGCCAGAUGGCUGCUGCUGUACAUCCACGGCGAAGACCACCAAGACACUAAGAAUUUCAUCCAAGAUGUGCUGAUAAGUCCUGAAUUUCUUCACUUCGUUCGAGAGAAGCAAAUACUCAUAUGGGGCGGAGACAUAAAAGACAGUGAAGCAUAUCAAGUGGCUAACCAAUUCAAAGUUACCCGACUUCCCUUCCUCGGAAUGUUGUGUUUGACGGUCAACGAGACGCCCACAGCUUCUGGAGUGCAACAGUCGGAUCCGAUCCUGUCUAUGGUUUGCAAAAUACAAGGUUAUAUGCCUAGUGCUCAGGUGCUCGCCAAGUUGCAAAAAAACUACAACAAAUUCAACCCCAAACUGGAGAGUAUCCGUGCAGAUGUGCAGCGUCUUCAGAUCGAUCGCCAGACUCGCCAACUACAGGAUCAGGCUUACGAAAAUUCGCUCAGAAGAGACAGAAUGCGCAGAAUGGAGGAGGCCCUUGUACAAAGAGACCGGCGGGAACAAACACGGGCCGCCACUCUGAGGGAGAAGUGGUUGAAAUGGAGAAAGUCUACGUUGUUGCCAGAUCCAGAGCCCGCGAACGCCGCACGGAUCGCUAUCCGUCUGCCGGACGGGAAACGAGUUCGGCACAAUUUCGAUAAGACCGCUAAAAUUGAGGAGAUAUACGCUUUUGUCGAAUGCACCCAUCUGAACGACGUGGAGAUUUCCGACUCCGACACCCUCGAACGGCCCAUUGGUUACGAUCACCAGUACAACUUUGAUGUCUAUACAGUGUAUCCACGAGAGAAAGUUGCCGUGGACGAUGAACUAAGUAUCGCCGAUUCCCAGCAGGUGUAUCCUGAUGGGAACUUGGUUGUCGAGCUGAAUAGUGAAAAUUAA